AUGGCGUGUUGUGGUCGCUCCCUGGACUCCCCCUGUACACUGGCACUGCUGAUCGGGUUCCAGUUUGCCUUUGUCUUGUACUUUUCUCUUGGAGGAUUCAAGGGGCUGGUGUCCGUGCUGGUCCACACCACAGAGCCAGAGUUCGACUACUCCAGACCACAUGACGUCUACACCAACUUGAGCCAUUUAGGAGCGCCACACCUGCCACCACGCAAUGUCGGAACGGGACCACCGCCAACAGCGCCCUUACUGAAAGACUGCCAGAUCCCCUCACCGCUGCUAGUUGGUCCUGUCUCGGUGCACCUGUCUUCGUCCCUGUCUAUGGAGGAGAUCCGCCAGAGGAACCCACUGGUGCAGCCUGGGGGCCGGUACAGACCUCCAGACUGUGAACCGCGGCACCACACGGCGAUCGUGGUGCCGUAUAGAAACAGACAAACUCAUCUCAGGGCGCUUCUCUACCACCUGCACCCCUUUCUCCAGAGGCAGCAGAUCCACUACAGCAUUUAUAUCGUCCAGCAGUGGGGAAACAGUACAUUUAAUCGAGCUAAGCUUCUCAACGUCGGGGUUCGAGAAGCACUCCGAGAUGAAGACUGGAGCUGUAUUUUUCUGCAUGACGUGGAUCUACUUCCAGAAAACGACCACAACACUUAUACCUGCCACAAACAAUUCCCAACGCACCUCUCUGUGGCUAUGGACAAGUUCAGAUACAGGCUACCAUACCCGCAGUAUUUUGGUGGAGUUUCUGCUGUCACUCCAGACCAGUAUAUGAAAAUGAACGGCUUUCCAAAUCUGUACUGGGGAUGGGGCGGGGAGGACGACGAUAUAGCUGCCAGAGUCCGGCUGUCUGGUAUGAAGAUUGUGCGCCCUCCAGUGGCCAUUGGUCAUUAUAAAAUGAUCAAGCACAAAGGAGACAGAGGAAAUGAACAGAAUCCACGAAGAUUUGACCUGCUGAAGAGGACUCGACUGAACUGGCGCGCUGAUGGUCUCAACUCUCUGACAUAUGAGCUUCUAUCAAAAGAGCUGGAGCCCCUCUACACCAACAUCACAGUCAACAUCGGAGACGACCCUCGUCUGGUUCAUGGAAAACUCCCAAACCUUGCCAAAGUCCCACAAUCUAGCAACAAGAAUGGACUAAAACAAGAGCCAAGACCAGGGAACCAGAGACCUACUCCAGCCAUCACAACUUCUCGUGUCAAAACAGAACAAACUCAAGUAAAUAGGACCACACAAAGGAAGGCCCAUUAG